AUGAAAACUGCCAUCAUUCGACCGACUAUCAAGCGCCACAGGGAUCUUUUUUCCGAUCAUUACGACCUGCCACUGAAAAGAAGCUGCCGAGAUGAGGGAAUCAUCGAUGGUCAUGUAUUCAACGAAUCACCACGUCAUUCUCCUACUUUUUGUAAGCUGCUAACUGUAAGAAAUCUUGAUGGAGUGGAAAAGUCCCUUGAUCUCGAUGAUUUUGUCGAUAUGGUAAUGCAAGUGACGAAGAAUUUAGAUGAAGCAGAUUUAGCACAACAGUUACUGCACAUUUCGAAGAGAAGGCAACAGAACAAAAUGGCAGCGGCUCGUUAUCGCGACAAACAGAAGGAAAGGAAGCACAUUCUUCUCAAAGAACAAGCUGAGCUCGAAGAAAAGAAUGCAAAGUUGAAGAAAAUCGUGAGCGAACUUGAACGUGAAGUGACCGAAUAUAAAGAAAAAUUGGUGCAGAUAAUGUCUGAUCUCUCCUUUACGCGAAUUUGAUGGUUGCUUUUUUUCGUUUUUAUUGCUUUCUUUUCAUGCAGUAACAGGUGAGUUGUUAUUCCAUAUGUGAUGUGUUUACUCAUGUGUGUUAUAAUUUGCACUAGGUCCUUUAAAUUUAUAUGUUAACAUGUUUUUUAAUUUGAGGAUGUAAGUU